AAAGAGAAGUUGAACUAUCAUCGCAUGUCUAGGACCUGUCGACCCUUGUUGAAUGAAAUCAAGGACAAAGGUGAAAUUGAUAGGCUCUUUAUAUAAUUCAAAUAUUGGUGUUGAAAUGUUGUGCUCUUUGUUUUUUGUAUUGAAUCCGUUAAAUGCAGACAAAAAUAAGUUACUGUCAAAAGUGAAGAUGUAGGGAUUGCUGCUGGUAUCCCAGCGCGGGCAUUCCCUGAAAGAAGCAGGGUAAUUCGUCCUGUCAAAAAGUUCUAGCCUGAAAGUCGUUCUUUCAAGGUCGCAUUGAAGCCAUAUAAUAUCCAUAAGCAUCUUUUGUAUGUGCCGAGUGGAUUUGCCAGAAGGCAUUUGCUAGGAGGUCCUGCGGUUAUUAAACUUAAGGUUUCCAAUGAAAGAUACUGGCCUGUACAAGUUGUCCGGCGUGAACAUCGGCGAGUGACCCUAACAAAAGGGUGGAGCCAAUUUAUUGGCGAAAAUGAUUUGGUGGAAGGAGAUGUCUGUACCUUUGAACUGGUCGAGGAGAGGACAAUGGUUCUAUGCUGAAAGUUACAGUAUCCCGUGAUUUAGCAAUUUGCCAAAGAUUACAGCAAUGGCUCCCCGGAAGGAAGGGCGGCCAACCAGGAGUCUUCAGGCGGAUCAGAGACCGUUGUGGCAUUUCUUCAAGAUAAUCACUCAGAAUACCUUCAAAGAUAAGAAGCUGAGGAUUCCAAAUAAGUUUGCGAGGAAAUUUGGGGAAGAACUUUCUGAUGUUGCUAAAGUUGUUCUACCCAAUGGCCAUUCCUGGCAAAUAGGAUUAACAAAAGCCAACAACAGCGUUUCGUUUGAUGAUGGUUGGCUACAGUUCUUAGAGCACCAUUCAGUCGGUUAUGGGCACCUUUUAGUCUUUGCAUAUAGAGGUUGCUCUAAUUUUAAUGCUCUCAUAUUUGAUAAGACUGCAUGUGAGAUUCCGUAUCAUAGAUGCAGGGGAGGGACUAGUGGUGGAAAGAUCAAUUACGAUGAAAAAUGUUCACCAUAUGAUGUAGAUGUAAUGAAAGAUGAAGGUACAAUUGCAAGCAUCGAUUCCCAAUAUUGUUGCGCACUGGAAAGUGGAGUUUUUGAUGAAGAUGCAGGGGAAUCAAGACAAACGCACCCAUCUAAGCCUCCUCCAUCAGAGAACAAUGCCCAAGAGAGGCCAUGUUUUGAACGUUCCGGUGACAAAAGAGGCAAAAUACCUGUGAAGAAAGAGCAUAUUGUUAUGGCUGAGUUAGAUGAUACUGAUGAAUCAACGAGAAGGAAGCUGUCUAAGAAAUGUAGAUUGCCUAGGCCACAUGGAUCCUUGAUAGAUGAAACCAAGGUUAACAAAGGCAAAUCUAAAACUAAAUUUGAUGAAACUGAAUUUUCACCACCAUGCGGAGAAGGUACGGACAUCAUUGUUUGUGGAUUUGCAAAGGCUUCAGAAGAAAGCAAGAAGGCAAUUCAUGCCGCCAGAAUGUUCAGGCCUAAAAAUCCUUCUUUCAUGGUCCUGUUACGGUCAUACAAUAAGUGUUUUGUGGCUGUGCCGGCUGAAUUUUCUAAAAGACAUUUAAGUGGAGUUUCAGAACAUAUUAAACUUCAAGUUUCUGAUGGAAGACAAUGGCCGCUUCGUCUCAAUAAAACACAACGCUCCCGCAUGAUUAUCUCAAGGGGAUGGAAUGAAUUUAAAAGGGAAAACAACUUGAAGGAAGGAGAUGUAUGUGUUUUUGAGCUGAUCAAGAACAAAAAAAUUUCACUACAAGUUUCAAUGUUCCGUGCAGUUGAUGGCAGCGGGCCUUCAAAUUGACUUGCAGUCUUGGAGGCACAUAAAAGCACUCAGUGGAAGCAAACACAAAAGUGGGAAACUCUCUUAGAAUUUCUCGUGUCCUGUAAUGUAUAAAUAAAAUGUACAAAAAAGCUUUUUGAAACACUCUCUCUAGCAGUGCACUGGUGCUCAGUGCGCAGUAGCUAGAUGAAUGAACUGUGCAUGUAUUAUACUCUCUUUAAGGUUUAUUUCCCCUAAAUGCCACAGACUAUUGGCAUCAACGUUCUGAAAAUGCUAAUUCCAAUCAUGUCCAAACCUGAUUACUUUA